AUGUUCUUGGUGCGUAAGAGCACUGCCCUCUACAUACAAAGAACCAACGGAGAGGAGUGGACCGUGACCUCCUGUGCUGGUUUGUGUAAAUAUGCAGUGAUUUUCUCUCUGAACAUGGAUCCUGGAAGGCUGCUUUUCCUCAUGCUCCGUUUGUACGGACCAUGGCUCUGUUAUGGACAGGUAUCAGUGAUUGUGCCCUGUGAGAUGAGUCAGGCGACCGCACAAUGCAGUUUCAAGAAUCUGAAAGAAGUGCCAGUGCUGCCCAAUUACACGGAGAACUUGUACCUGGAUUUCAACAACAUUUCAGAACUGCACAGCGCGUCGCUACGUGGCCUGCGUCUCUUGGAGCGUGUGGACUUGGGGGCUCAGAGAAGACCCUUGGUGAUCCGAAACAAUGCUUUUCUAUGCAACUCCUGUGAGUUCGCCAUCACGUGA